AUGCCCGCUCUGAGAAAGAGAAGCCGAACAGCAGAGUCUGCAAAGAGCAACACGCCUCAGCCCGAGAAUGGUAACCAUGAUCAACAGAAAAUAUCUCUGUACGAGCUCUCCAGAGAACAAAGAAUCCGCGAAAACCGUGAGAGAAUGGGAAAGUUGGGCAUUGUGGACCUCUCUCUCUCCCUCAAGCUCAGGCGCGCCCCAACCACCCACAAAACCACUACUAUUGUUCACCCCUCUGGCCCCGUUCGCCGCUCUUCCAGAUUGCAGAAUGUGUCUCCUGUUAGUUACUCUGAAGUGCCCCACAAGAAAGCUGAGUGUUUGGAAAAUGCUAAGGUUGUGAUAAAGGCAGGUUCAAAGCCUGAGGUUUACACUGAAGAACAUGAGAAGCUGUUGGGCAACACUGAGAAAAGCUGGACGCUGUUCGUCGAUGGUUAUGGGAAGGAUGGGAAACGAAUUUAUGACUCUGUCCUAGGGAAAAGUUGUCACCAGUGCAGGUGCAUUGUCUUUUUGUCUGCCAUGAUCUUGUAUUUACCCCUUUCGAGACAUGCUUUGUGGUUUGGGUUGGCAGUUAGUGCAAUUCAACAGCUUGCAGCAGAGCUUGGUGGCUCCUUGACCUUGGGAAGGAUGUUCCAGGGUGUUUUAUGUAGUGAUGGUGCCUUCUUCAUGUGGAAUAGCAGAAUGAAAAUAAUAUUUAGGCAAAAAACUCUUGGUUAUCGUACAUGCUGUAUCCAAUGCAACAUGGUCCAAGGGCAGUUUUGUGGAGAUUGCCUAUAUAUGAGAUAUGGGGAGCAUGUACUUGAAGCCUUGCAGAAUCCAACUUGGAUAUGCCCGGUUUGUCGUGGAAUUUGUAAUUGUAGCUUAUGCCGUCAAGCCAAAGGAUGGGCCCCUACCGGCACUCUAUAUAAAAAGAUAUCAGCUUUGGGUUACAAAUCAGUUGCACACUACCUCAUUCAAACCCGGCGCUCAGAUGUAGAUGAGGAGAAAAAUGCAGAUUCUCCCAACCCAGUUUCAGCAAAAAGGUCACUAACUUUCUCUGAUGGUGACGUUAAUGAGUUUCCUGAGGUUAAUGGGAAUCAUCUCGGGUCAUUGAAGCCUAUAGCUGAAACUAAAAGUGAUGAUGAUGUUGUUUCGGCAAAGAGAUUGUUGGUUUUCUCUGAUAAGCAAGAGCAGCUUGACAAAGUUGAGUGUUCAGGUACCAUGAAGCUACUUGCUUCUUCCUCCAAACCUUGCUCAGACAGCAUUGCUGGAAGACUUAGGCCUAGGCUCAAAAAACCAUGA